AUGAGCCUUCUCGAUGCACUGGAAGAAGACAAAAAGGCCCUGGGUGACCAGCUCGAGGCGGUGAGCGGCCGCACCGUGUUGACCAAGGUGGCACUCAUGGUCUUUGCGAAGGCAGACGACGAGGAAAGAAGCGGUCAUGUCUCGAUGAGCAUCGUGCGGCUCUUCUUCACCGCCGCGAUUCUCUUCGAGGCAACGGAGCAGUUCACGAGUGACAACAAAAUGGACAGCGUCGCGGCGGAGAAGUGUCGAUACGCGCGGUACACCGCAGCAAAGAUGAAGAAGGCUUUGGACCGUCAUCAGCCUUACACUUCUGCAAAUCCCAUCGAGGCCCCACUCAACGAACCGGCGGAGGCCAACAAGAAGGGCGAAGACGGGAAACCGACUGCACCACCACCACCACCAGCGGCACCACCAGUGGCACCACCAGCAACAGUCAAUGACGACGUGGACAGGCCACCGACUUACACACAAUCGAACCGUCCACCACCACCGCCGCCGGCGGCAUCGACGAAGUCCAUGCAGAACAAUCAUAGUAACAUCCUCGACCUUCUCCACCGCCAACGCGGCCCCAGCAGCAACAGCAACAGCAGCAGUCGCACAGCAUCUUCGAGUGGCUACACGCCCUCUCCAGAGGACAUGAUCGACGCACACACAGAAGUACUGUCGGCAGGCCGUCAGCGCUCUCCAGUUCUAUGA